AUGGAGGACAGCCUUGCUGAUGAGAAGUUCAAGGUAUUAGUAGUUGGAGACAAAUCAGUUGGAAAAACUUCUUUCAUAAGAAAAUUUACAGAAGACAUAUUCAGUUCGGAUGUUCUAAGCUCUCCGUGUAUUAACUUUUUCUAUCGGAAAAUUAAAGUUGAGGAGAAAGUAGUAUUGUUGAACAUAUUUGACGCACCUAGCUCCACUGCUAACCAAAAUUUAACCAAUCUUUAUUUCGCAAAAGUUGACGCUGUCAUCAUUGUCUAUGACGUCACUGAUCCAUCUUGGCACAUCGGAGUUUCAUACUGGUUAAACGAAAUUCAAAAGAAAUCUCAUGAAUAUUCAGUGGUAUGUUUAAUUGGUAAUAAACAAGAUCUCAUCCAAACAGCAUACUUGGCAGGAAAUGGAAAUUUUGAAAAGUUUACGUCAUUGAUUGACUUAUAUGACGUCAUUAGUUGUAAAUAUUCAGAAAGAUUGGAAAAGCUAUGGAUUGGUAUGGUCACUUUAAUUCAUCAAAAAGAAAACUCGAGAUUGGAACGUUUUCAAAAACAGUAUAUCUUGUCAGACAAAACAGUCAUUGAUCACAAAAGGAAACCUUCACCAACACAUAACGUUUUUGUUAAACUUUUGAAUAAGAUUUGUAAAAGGUUUUUGUUGUUGAAAUAUUGA